AUGGUCGUCACAACGAUCUCGUUGGGAGGUGUUGAAGGCGUACUGUUUAAGACGUCAGUUUCAACCCUGACCGCAGUCAAAGGUAACUACUUCGACCGACUACUUCAGAAUGGCUGGAGAGAUCACCUUGAUAAGCACGGUCAUCUUUUCAUCGAUCGCGACGCGACGAUUUUCCCGUUGAUCUUGAAUUAUCUACGAGAUGGCAGCAUUCCUUUACCACGUGACGAGUAUUACUUGGAAAGAAUUCUCCGAGAAGCAAGAUUCUUCAAAUUACAUGGUCUAUCACGUGACAUAGAGAAAAGGAUGGAAUAUGUUGGAAGACAGAAAACCCGAGAAGCACCGAAACCACCGUUG